CUUAAAUUUUUUUUUGAAAGAAUGAAAGUGAAAGCAGAGAUGUUGCUUUCAAGAGACGUUGAACAGUCUGUUUGUGAACACAAUGUAGGAAAACAAAUAUUUUUUUAGGUUGAAGCAGAGGUAACUUUUGUUUUGUAUGAUUUAACAUUCUUGAAGAUGUACCUGCAUAGCUGCAUGUUCAUGUCAGUACUGCUGAUGAUCUCUGAGGGGUUUAUUGUGAAAGGUCCCGCUGCUCCUGUAGUUGUUCCUCUGGGAGUUUCAGCCAUUCUGACCUGUUUUGUUGACAAAUCCUUACCAAUAGAGGGACUGAAGGUGGUUUGGAUAAGAACAGACUCAAAUUCGUUAGUGCAUGUGUUCCAAGAUGGCAUGAGUGUACCAGAUGCCCAGUAUCAGGAUUAUCAUGAUAGAGCUCAUUUCUUUACCGACAAGAUUCAACAUGGAAACUUCUCCCUCCUGUUGAACAAUGUGACAGCUGAAGAUAAAGGUUUUUACAGAUGUAAAGUUUACACUGACCAUGAGUCUGGUGAAACUUUGGUUGAAAUAAAAUCUGUUGAGCGUUUGAUAGUAUCAGGAUCAGAUCACUCCAUAUCUGCGUAUGUGGGUAAUGACAUCACUCUGAACUGCUCUGUGGACUCUCACAUCACACCUGAAGAGGUUUCAUGGAAGAAAACGGAUACAUAUGAAGAUAUUCUGGUUCUGCUCUUCCAAAAAAGUAGAAUUAUAACACAUUCAUCACAUGAGCAAUACAGAGACAGAGCUGAGUUCUUCACUGAUGAAAUCCACAAAGGAAACUUCUCUCUCAGACUGAAGAGUGUCAGAACUGAAGACCAAGGAGUUUAUAUGUGUCACGCAGAAGCUGGAAAUUUUUCAGGCAACACAACUGUGGAACUGGCACAACUGGGUUUCUCUGCUUUGCAUGCAAUGGUGUUGAGUAUCUGUAUAGCUGCAUCUGGAUCUGCACUUCUGCUGUCUGUUCUAUGGUAUCUAAAACAAAAUACAAAUACAGCACUGUUUCUUCAGUUGUUGGUAGUCUCUGUACCAAACCUUAUUAUGUUCUUUGCCUUUUUAUUCUGGGGCGUUAUUGAAGGAUUUCAGAAUGAGACAGUUGCUUGUUGUGCUCAUUAUUUCCUGCGUCCCCUUCUGCUGUUAUGGGCAGCUCCACAUUCAGAGCAUUUUCCUGGCGAACGUAAAACCAUUAUACACUGCAUUGUUCAUCUACAAUAUUCCCUUUUUGCAAAUGUUAUUUAUUCAGUUCUUUUUAGAGCUUUUUGGCAAAAAAGUGUGAAUUAUGCAGAAUUUGACAAAGUCUUGAUAACAGUCCUCUUUGGAAUAAUGAUUCUGAUAUCCAUCAUCAAUAUCAUUUUCUUACUGGCUGAACUCAUUAGAAAUAAAGAUGGUCCCAUGCGUGCUGUAUUAGACUUCGUGUCUGACAUUGGCCAUGAUGUUCUGCCUCCAUUACAACUCAUCUUCCUCUUCUACGCUUUUAAAGCUGCUAGUCACGCACUUUUUGUUGUGGGAGUUUUCCCACUCUUCUUGACGUUGACAAGAUACAACUGGAACGAUGCAUGUGAGAAAAAGCUGGAAUGUUUACAGUCAGUCAGAAGAUUAGCAUGGUUAAUUUUCAUGAUAGUGGUGAAUGUUAUCAUGGUAUAUUCUUACCUUAUGGCACUGGAAAAAGAGAAAGAUUGUGCUGGAUGGGCCAGCGUAGCUGCAUUUUUACAAGUUCUCUGGGGAAUUGUUGUCCUGAAACACUCAUUUGAUGAUCUGGAUCUUCCCUAUAGACCUGUUGUGUACCUUUUUGGAUCAGUUGGUGUUGUUUUAGUGAACUCUGUUGCACUGAUGGCAGAACUGAUACUGAAAACAGUUAAUGGUGAGCGUGCAGUGGGGGAUCUGAGAAAUAUUGUCUUUCCAUCUGAAUGCCUCUUCGCCUCUUCUGUGCUGUUUUUAGUCAUUUUAGAGCCUUUCAUUAAAGAUAAUCAGCAGUGUUGUCAGAAUUCAGCAGAGUCUAAUCAAGCCAGCAGAUCGCACCAGAAUCAUUGCUCGCAGGAUAAUGCUGAUGCAUCUGAUGAAACUCCAUUCACUGGAUCACAUCAGAACCAGAGCACAGCAGAACUUCAUGAAAUGAGACCUCUGCUAAGGACUCAAUAUCAAGAGGCUGGGAGAAGUGAAGAGACAGAGGAAACUGAUUCAGUGGUAGCGCAAACAUCGUCAGCAUUGACAGGAAAUACUUUGAGCUGAAUUUUUACCCCACUUUGACCGUUUGCUCCAUAAACAUUUACAGUCCAGUGAUCAAAUUGAGAGUGCAGUGUUAUUCGCAUUUUACGACUGGUGCAGUUAAAUUUUAUUUAGACCAUAAAGUUGUUCAACUCUCUUUGAUUUCAGUCUGUCGCUGAAUUUCUGUAAAUAUCUGUUUAUACAUUUGUGUCUCUGAGCUCAGUCAACUACAGAUUUUUCAACUGCAAGUUUUUAUAUUGGGGCUGUGACAAAAUUUUAAUGUAGAAGUACAAAUAUUUAUGGUGUUGUCGGGGUGGAUGUACAGGUAAAAUUAAAAACUGAACGUCAAAAAUAAUGCCAAGCCCUGUUUUGUUGUUUUUUUUUUUUUUACAUUUUUAUUAGUCAUAUUUACUCAUUUAUACUCCAUAUACACUCACCGAGCACUUUAUUAGGAACACCUGUACACCUACUUAUUCAUGCGAUCAUCUAUUCAGCCAAUCGUGUGGCAGCAGUGCAUAAAAUCAUGCAGAUAUGGGUCAGGAGCUUCAUUUAAUGUUCACAUCAACCAUCAGAAUGGAGAAAAAAUGUGAUCUCAGUAAUUUGGACAGUGGCAUGAUUGUUGGUGCCAGAUGGGCUGGUUUGAGUAUUUCUGUAACUGCUGAUCUCCUGGGAUUUUCACACACAACAGUCUCUAGAAUUCACUCAGAAUGGUGCCAAAAAUAAAAAACAUCCAGUGAGCGGCAGUUCUGUGGACGGAAACACCUUGUUGAUGAGAGAGGUCAACAGAGAAUGGCCAGACUGGUUUGAACUGACAAAGUCUACGGUAACUCAGAUAACCACUCUGUACAAUUGUAGUGAGCAGAAUAUCAUCUCUGAAUGCACAACACGUCAAACCUUGAGGCAGAUGGGCUACAACAGAAGAAGACAAUGCCAGGCACUUU